UGGCCCAGUGUGAAAAAUCCAUAUUGAACACACAAUGCAUUGUUAUGCUCAAGAAAGAAAAACAAUAUCAAAGUCUACGGCAUAAUUUAAAAAGAUACAAAUGUAGGAGUCAAAUAGUAACGAUAGGACGGACGAUACAGAUGGUUAUCUUUCCCUCAUGUCGACCAUCUCAGCCAGUGUCAGACUCACUGAACGGAACGAUGCCGAGACCCGUCAACUACGUCAGUCUGCUGCUGAUGCACUGCAAAGCUACAGUGUGUUAGCCUUACAUUCCCUUGCUGACAAUGAACCUCCAGCCAUGACCCGAAUAAGAAUGUUGCGAUAUCUGACGGGGAUACCGCAAACGUCCUUUUCAAGCAAACGAAGAGAGUCACUCAGACGAUGAUGCAAUUGGCUCCAAAAAGAUAAAAAAAGAUUUCAGGUGAAAAAAAAUUUACGCUAGGAACCAAAUCUGGUAGAUUGGUUCGAAGGUUUCGGUGGCCUGGCAAGAUUAAUAUUCAUGCUGUUGUUUUUAGUGGCGAUUGUAGCAGAACGGUGAAUUUUCAACAGAGGUACCCACAUCCCCUUUGCAUAAUGGCUCCCCACGUUGUAAAUAUAUUGUAGAUAUUAACAGGGACCAUAGGCACCUUCAUCCCGAAUAAAAGAGAGCGUGGAAUUUCCAUAGCUCUAGCUUGA